GCCUGUGCAUUACCUUGCUUCCACUGUGCUGUAUCACACUGUGCUUUUACCAUAGGAGGCUUUUUUAUGAGGGUAGUUUUCCUGCUCACUUUUCAGUGAUAGCACUAGCAUGAUUGGCUGUAUGUCUGUCAUGUGACUGGUACUUCCUUACGGUAUUUUGAUUGGAUACAGCUCUCCUGCAUACCACUCUGAUUGGCUGAACAGGCUUUGUUUUUAUGCCAGCAUACAGUUAGUGGGUAUAGGUUUCUGACUUGUCACUGUAUGCAUCACAUGUACCUGUAUAGCCGCUGUGGAAAUCUCGAUAUUGAUCAAUCACUUGGUGGUUUACAAGCAGCUAGGACUCGUGCUUUUGAUCCUGUAUUGUGCUGUAAGGAAGCAUCACCACAUAGGGUUACACCAUGCCAAAGAGACUUUGAAAGAGUUUGCGUGGACGCGCUUGUCAUUGACUUUCCUUUAGUGUCUCUAAAUUCAGCACUGACCAGUGCCUAACAGUUAUGCGUGAUCCCAGACUGUAAUCCCGGGUUUUGGAUGUAGAAUGCAUCAUUUCUGUUGAACCAGUGUUUGCCAUUGAAAAUAAUACUGCUUCUAACAAUUUGUAUUUAAAAUCUUCCACCGCAGCGCAAUAAAUGAAUAAAUCAGCUGGCAGUUCAACGAGAGGGCAGGUUGUUUGAGAUGGAAUCGUUUUGAAAGCACAGUUCUGACUGCAGCGUCUGCCGUUUCUGUUGCAGACCCUUCUCAUUGGCCUUUCGGUGUAAUUAUUGUAAUUGAUCAGAAUGGUGUUCCAGCAUACCCUGCUGGCUGUGUUCCUCUGUACGCUGUCUCUCCUAGAUGUGGAGGAUGUGUCACUGGCCCGCGUGAACUGCGGCGACUGGACGGAGGUGUGCACCAAUCAGAACGCCAGCCAGAUUCCCACGGUGACGCUCUUCAGCCCCGGCGAGCGGCCGCGACGCUACAACGGCAUGCUGGGAACAGAGAGUCUGCACAGCUUCAUCAGACUGGGUGCUGUCGGAUGAGCAGUGGGGUCCCCCGGUCCCCCUCUUUGAUUUCCUGGCUGUGAUGGACGAGGCAGUGCCGGGCUUCGCUGCCCAGAGGACUGAGGAGGAGGGAGAGACAGAGAGAGCGGACCUAGACCCAGUCCCAGAGACCAGCCCGCCAGUCUCCGCAGCGCGGCCUCCCCAGCGAUCAGACCCACCCAAGCACACCCACACCGAGCUUUAGUUGCACACUGCGGACAGCUCCAUUCACCCAGACACCGACACCCACUCCAUAUUAAAACACUUUGUCAGCCAGCAUUCCCCCGGACCCCCUUUGGUAAUGAGGUGCCGGUGGGUUCUCGUCCUGGUUAAAUCAAACUGAACAUAACCGACCAGAUUCUGUUCAGUUAUUCCUGUGUUGUUGCAAAGUGCCGGUAUUUCAG